CACGCAAAUUUGAUCACUUAUUUAGUAUCUCACGUGUUACUGUGAAAAUAGAAGAAACGAUGGCUCGGUUAAGCUGCAUCGUAACAGUCAUCGGUAUUGCACUGAUGUGUGUUGCGGCACAAGAUCUCUAUUCAGAUAAGUUCGACCACAUUGACGUUGCGAGUAUCGUUACGAACGAUAAAUUGCGUAAUGAAUAUUAUAGUUGUAUUAUGGAUACUUCGCCAUGCAAAACAGCCGAUGCGAAGUUCCUUAAAGAGAUUUUUGCCGAAGCUCUAAAUAAUGACUGUAAAAAAUGUACUGAGAAACAAAAGGAACAUAUGAAGACUAUACAGGAUUGGUAUACAACAAAUAAACCUGAUGAAUGGCAAGCUGCCGUUGCAAAAGCUGAGGAUUUAAAAAAGAACGCUCGUAAAUAACGCUGCUAAAACAAACGGACAAGAAAAACAUGAAAACAACAGGAAAUAUUAAUUAUCUAUAAAGUUAUUGAAUCUUUUAUUCAACAACAUCUCUUGGAGAAAUAGAGGAAAAUUUUGAGUUGUUAUAAUUAUUAGCUUAAUUAAUUCUUGUAUUGUAAUAACGUGUUGUUGAAAUAUAUUAUACAGAAAUACAAUA